UCAGUCGCUCACUUCUACUCUCUUCUUCUCUGAGGACAAGGUUUUCUCUCUCUCUCUCUCUCUGUCUAAGGCUCUCCUUUUCUCUGAAACGGAGCAUGGAGCGUCGAGCAUUGCCUUUCUUCCUCUUGGUUAUUUCGAUCUUUGCAUUUGCAGAUGCGGGUUCAAUUGGAGUGAACUAUGGGCGAAUCGCCAACAAUCUGCCAUCAGCAGUGAAGGUGGUACAGCUUCUGAAAUCGCAGGGCAUAGAGCGAGUCAAGGUCUUCGACACCGACCCGGCGGUCCUGAAGGCCCUUGGCGGAUCCGGCAUCAAAGUCACCGUGGAUUUGCCCAAUGAGCUCCUCAUCUCCGCUGCCAAGCGCCAGUCAUUUGCCAACACAUGGGUCCAGAAGAACGUCGCCGAUCACUUCCCAGCCACAAAAAUCGAAGCCAUUGCCGUCGGAAAUGAAGUGUUCGUGGACCCACACAAUACCACCCUCUCCCUCGUACCCGCCCUGAAGAACAUUCAUAAAGCUUUGGUCAAAUACAAUCUCCAUUCCCAUAUCAAAGUCUCAUCUCCCGUAGCUCUCAGCGCCCUCCAAUCCUCCUACCCAUCCUCAGCCGGCUCAUUCCGGCAAGAACUCAUCGAACCCGUGUUCAAACCCAUGUUGGAGUUUCUCCGCCAAACUGGCUCUUACCUCAUGGUCAAUGCCUACCCCUUCUUCGCUUACGAAGCCAACUCUGACGUCAUCUCUCUCGACUAUGCUCUCUUCAGGGAAAACCCGGGCGUGGUCGAUGCGGGUAAUGGGUUGCGCUACUUCAACCUUUUCGAUGCCCAAAUCGACGCCGUUUUUGCAGCCAUGUCCGCUCUCAAGUACAACGACAUCAAAAUGGUCGUCACCGAAACAGGCUGGCCCUCCAAAGGCGACGAGAACGAGAUAGGCGCGAGUGUCGCCAACGCCGCCGCCUACAACGGCAACCUCGUCCGCCGAAUCCUCACGGGCGGCGGCACACCACUGAGACCCAAGGCCGAUCUCGUUGUCUUCUUGUUCGCGCUCUUCAAUGAGAACAAAAAGCCAGGUCCUUCUUCUGAGAGAAACUAUGGGCUCUUCUACCCUAGUGAAGAGAAGGUUUAUGACAUUCCAUUUACAGUCGAGGGCUUGAAGAACUACCGGGACGUCCAGUCUCCGGUGACCGGCGGCGUGAGGGUGUCAACGCCGGUGACCAGGGGCGGAAGUGUGUCGCCGAGCUCGUCGGGGCAGACAUGGUGCGUGGCGAACGGCGAAACGGGGAAGGAGAAGCUGCAAGCGGCUUUAGACUAUGCCUGUGGUGAGGGACAGGCUGAUUGCCAUCCGAUCCAGCCCGGUGCCACGUGUUACGAUCCUAACACCCUUGAGGCCCACGCUUCGUUCGCCUUUAACAGCUAUUAUCAGAAAAAGGGUCGUGUGAUUGGCACGUGUGAUUUUCAAGGGGCGGCCUACGUAGUCACGCAAGCACCAAGGUUUGGGAAGUGUGAGUUCCCGACUGGAUACUGAAGAGAAAGAGACUGGAGUGGUUGAGUGAUAAAGGCUUUGGUUUUUCCAAUUUUUGGGGGUUGGCCUAUGUAUUUAUUUUGGAGUAGUUGGGGGGGUUGGUUUUUAGAAUAUUGUUUUGACUGUGAUGUCUGUAAGUAAAUUUUAGAUGUGUUAUUGUAGUUGACGCUUUCUAAUCAUCAAUCUGUUUCUUCCAA